GAAACCGACGAAACAAAAACCUACUGAUGAUCCUCUUAGUAACAAAAAGUAACCUUAUUUGUCGUACACGAGUCAAGGCAUUGUUUUAAUAUCUUUGGUAACAUUUUAUUUAACUGGAAUUCAAAUGGAUGUUGCCCUUUUCUUACAGCGUUUCGAGAGUACCUUGUCAUCAUACACCGGGGACGAUCCUCUGGAGCAGUGGGAUCAGUUCGUGCAGCACCUGGAGCAGAGGCUGCCUGCAGACAGGCGCGGUGAGAUGUCGCUGGUGUUUGAAGCUGUGGUCCAACGAUAUAUCAAAGCCGAGCGAUAUGCCGACGACGUCAGAUACGUGAACUACUGCAUCAAAUGUGUAAGUGUGACUGCUGUUCCAACCCGGCGUCGGGUGUACGGCUACAUCUUCGACCAGGGCAUCGGGACUCGGACCGCUGCCCUCUACGUGGCCUGGGCGAGGCAGCUUGAACGGACAGGGAUGAAUGAACAGGCUGACGCGGUGUACCAGAGCCUGGAGAACCAAGCCCAGCCGGCGGACACAGUCCUCCAUGAAUACAGCAGUUUCAAGCCAGAACCACAGCCCCGGCAUCAGGACCAGCAGGAAGUCGAAUCCACUGAAGAACUUGGAUCUGAUCAAUCAGCCUGUGGCUCAGAGCAAGGCGUCAGUGGAUUGUCCUUCCAAGCCACCACACAGUAUGACGAUAACGGGUGUCCCGCUCUGAGAUUGUCCCCUCCAGCAAGGCCGCCAGCGCUGCCCAGGUCGGUGUCGGCGUACAAGGCGGACGCGCUCCGCUGCGAGGGGUCGGAGCUCUGCUUCGAGGUCCGAGCCGCCAGGUACUUCCAAAAGCUCCAGGAGCAACAGGAGGAGGAGCAGAGGAAGCUCAUUGCCAGCACGCCAAGGAAAAUAGGCAAGGCCGCACAACAAGUAAUGGAGACACUGACGAACUUCCUCCAAGGUUCUGGCAGUCAGAGCUUGUCUCAGAGACCCGUCUCCGCCGGGGUGACGACCUCCGACCCGAAUCCCUCCCAGCGUCCCCGACCGAGCGGACCGGCGCUCCGUCGGCCUGAGACUGCUCACCGAGCCCCCCUCCGUCAGCAGGCCGCCAUCGCCGCCGCCGUUCCUCAGCCUCCCUCGCCGGGCCCCCCCAGCCCCGAGCCGGCUGACAGCAGGAUGGACGGACAGCCUGAACAGCCGCAGACCUUCCGCCUGGACUUUGGGGAUGUUUUCCAUCCGGACGCCGCCGGCUUUCACCCACAGGACCACAGCGUGACGCAGCAGUCUGCCGCUCAGCCUCAGGAAGCGGAGGAGAAGCUGGACGCGUCACACACGGGCACGGCCAACCUCUCCCACCUCACCCCUAACACCUCGCUGGGCUUCGUCCAGGCCACGCCCUCGCGGGCGCUGCCCUCGCCCACCGUCAACACCCGGGAGGCGCUGGGUGUGAUCAUGGACAUGUUCCAGGCCCCGACGUUCCUGGACGAACCCUUCAGCCGCUCGUCGAUGCUGCACGCCACGCACAGGGAGGAGUUCGACGUUCCGAACGGAAGUGUCUGUGCAGCGGCGGCGCCUCCCGCUAAAGCUGCGUUCACCAUCUUCCAGGACAACAAAGAAAACUGCAGACUGACUCGCCGCCGCAGCCGCCGAGCCUCCUGCGGCAGAGAAGUCGAAACCGGCCCGAGUGCUGUGCGACAUCACGGCGCCGAAGCCGGACAACCCAACGACACGCCUCCGGACCUGAUGCCGGACGAGAGCACCAUGUGGGGCGCCCGCUACAACUCCCUCCACUCGCUGGCCGCCUGUCCCAACAGCACCACGGACUUCGCCAUGCUGGCCCACUGCGUCUCCACGCCGUUCGCACACAGGAGUUCUGCAGGCGGCAUCGUUUACCGCGACCAAGAGAACAACUGUGACGGCGACAAUUGCCGAAGAAGACGCCGGCUUCAGACGUCAGACGAAAAACUCAGCCCGAUCAUUGAACAGAGUCCGAGCGAUGACAAGCUGUCGGAGACCUCCAGCCGCCUGCUGCCGUCCGGCUCCGCCGGGCAGGGCACCAUCGUGGGGGAGGCGCUGCCCCCGGCCCCGCCCUGCCUCGCCUCCUCCUCCACCAUGGUGCAGCCGCCGCCCCCGGCCGUGCUCUCCUUCAGGGACCACACUGUCUGCCCGGCCGAGGGCUGGGAGGUCUACGCCAGCCCCGAGCGGCCCCCCAUCCCCGCCUUCCCGGCCUCGGCCCGGCCCCGGAGCCAGCUCUUUGAGAUCCUGGAGGAUCCGGAGCAGCCCCCACGGCUCUGUGCCGACGUGCCCAUGAGCCCGGAGCGACAGCUGAACCCCAACUGGAUGUUGUCGAAAAGCCCGGACGCCUUCGGCGGCCCCCGCCGCCCCGACGUCCCCAUGAGUCCAGAGCAGCCGCGCCUCUGUGCCGACGUGCCCAUGAGCCCGGCGCCGGCCAGCGCGACAGACGCCCCCAUGGCGAGUCCGGACAGGGAGCCCGGGCCCGGCGGGCCCCCGGUGCCGCGGCUGGUGUCGGACCCCUGGGACAGCCGGCUGAUCUCCUACCUGCUGUCCAGCCUGCGCCCGCCGCUCACCGAACACCCCGACUGCUUCACCUGGCAGUGCGACGUCCCCAACAUCACCCCCAGGACCACCAUCAGCAUGGGGAAGGUGUCCCUCCGAGUCGACAGGGUCAUCGGGCAAGGCGCCUUCGCCACGGUUUACCAGGUGACCGACCCCCUGACCUCCGACAAGUUUCUCCUGCAGGUUCAGAAACCGGCCAAUCCCUGGGAGUUCUACAUCAACAGCCGGCUGGAUGCCCGGCUGCAGCCCGGCGUCCGGCACCUCUUCAGCAGCCUCCGCUCCGCUCACCUCUUCCGCAACGGCAGCGUUCUGCUGGGCGAGCUGCACAAGUACGGCACCCUGCUGGACGCGGUGAACAUCUACAGACUGCUGAGCGACAAAGUGAUGCCCCAGCCUCUGGUCAUGUACUUCGCCGCCUGCAUCCUCCACAUGGUGGAGCAGCUGCACAGCAUCGGGAUCGUCCACGGCGACGUCAAGCCCGACAACUUCCUGCUGGGAGACAGGUUCCUGGAGGACCGGAGCUUCGAGCCGGACGGCGGCGACAACGGCCUGGUGCUGAUCGACCUCGGCCAGAGCAUCGACAUGGAGCUCUUCCCGCCGGGCACCGCCUUCACCACCAGGUGUCUCACGUCGGGCUUCCAGUGCACGGAGAUGCUGUCCGGGAAACCCUGGAACUACCAGACCGACUACUUUGGCGUGGCGGGGACGGUCCACUGCAUGCUGUUUGGAACGUACAUGCAGGUGUCGAAGGAAGGCGGCGUGUGGAAGACCAACGGCGUGUUCAGAAGGAAGCCCCACAGCGAGCUGUGGCAGGACUUCUUCGGCACGCUGCUCAACGUGCCGCACUGCGGCGCCCGGCCCAGCCUGCAGGGCCUCCGCCUCCGGCUGACGGCCGUCCUGCGGCAGGAGUACGGGAACAAGCUGCCCGCGCUGAAGAACCGCAUGGUGGUGCAGCUGCUGGAGAGCCACAAGGCAGCCAGCCGCUGAAAUUUGGACACCCUGCAGCCCAGGAAGCUGGGCUGCAGGUGGAAAACUCUCAAAAUCAAAUUUAUCUGGUAACAUCUUCUCCACUCCGACCACGGGACUCUUCACGCACCCCGUGGCCCUCAAAGUGCUGCACUUCAGC